UCUUCCCAACCAGGGGGAGGCAGUAGAGGACGUGAAGACAGUGGGACAACAAGGAAGGGAAAAAAGCAGCCUUUGCUGUUUUGACACCACAUUUUACUGUCAAAUUUAUCUUCAAAUUUCGUUUCAAAUCGCGAAUAAGCGUUAGCUAAGUGAAGUUAUUGUUCUUUUAGGAAAGUGUAGCCUUCAUUCCUCCGAUUCCGUUGGCAUCGCUUUGUAACCCAGAAACGUUACAAUGGCGAACAACAACAUCGCUUUUAAAACACAGAUCGCUUCCAUCAUGGAGGUGUUGGCCAACGCGGCAGUAGCAGAAAUUUGCAAGCUUAUCGACGACGAUUAUGCGGUUCUUCGUCUCGAAAUUUCGCACAGUCAGAAUGAAAAUAGGACAUUGAAGAGAAAAUUGCAAAUGAUGGAGCUUAAAAUGGCCAGAGAACGCGCGGAAAGAACAAUACGAGAGCGCGCACCAAGCGCUCGCAGUGGAGGAAGAACCUCCGUCAUGGAGAGAAACCGAGGAUGGAGAGGAGGUGGUCUUUUCCCAACCAGAGACAGAUUUCUUGCCACUCAAGGGGAAAGUUCUUGGAGAAACAGAAGAUGUUUCACAGAUGAUCAACCAUCAAAGCGGACUAGUGAAACGGUAGAGCCCACAGUUAUUGAGCUAGAAGACCCAGAGGUGCAAAUUAAGCAGGAGAUCCCAGAGGCUGUCCUACAUGGACCUGAAGGCACGUCCUGGAAAAGAAUAGUGGGCCCCGUCUGUGAUGGAAUGGUCUCGCACACUGUAACUGCUGACCCCCUGGCUUCGUCGGCUGAGCAACCUGGGAGCAGGCAGACUGUUGUGGAGGCAAUGAAAACAGAUCUUGACCAACCAUUGACUGAGAUGGGGGAACACGAGGAGAGGCGAAUAGAGGCAUCCACAUCUUUUAGCCUCGCCGGUUUCAAAGAGUCCGAACUCACAAUUAACAGUGCAAUGUUUCCUUCAAGCUGCAUAGAAGAGCACAAUGUGCUUCCACCAAUGGAACACAGUUCUUUCAGUCGUGUGGUUAAAAUGGAAUCUGAAGAGGCCAACUCUCGACCAAGUACCUCUGUGGACCAGUGGUCAGGGACAGUUGGUGUGGAGUGGAACGCUUGUUUGGCAUCUGAACGGACUGACGAUCGUGGAAGCACAAGUGACACUUUGGAGGUCAGUGGAUCAGACAGCACUCACAGAUUGCAGACUGAGAGGCUGUCUUGUGCAAUUAAUGAACUUAGAGCAGACAAAAUGACUUGGGAGAUGAGGACAUCCGGUGUACAAUGGGAGAUAAACUCUGAAGGUCAGCCAGAGAGUCUUGCACCACAAUUGGUUUCUAUUUUAAGACCAUCAGAUGGGUACAGCUUGCCGUCUUUGGGAAGUGAGAAGUGUGAGACUGAUGUGCUGGUUAAACGAACCAGUGACCAUGGGCAAGUUGCACCUGUAUUGCCCCAGGUAAACAAAGAUGAGUUUUUAGCGGAAAUGGCAAGCGUUGGUAGCUUUGUGAGCCCUAGAAAAGACACACGCAAGGCCAAAAGGAAGAAUGCGGCAAAGAAACUUUUCCCCUGUUUGCUUUGUGGUCGAACAUUCAAGUGUCCUAAGCAGGUGGAGAUCCACCAUCGAGUGCACACGGGCGAGAAGCCCUUUCGUUGUUCUCUUUGCCCUGCCAGUUUCUCGGUCGCAGGCAACUUAAAACGGCACCAAAGGGUUCACACAGGGGAGAAGCCAUUCAGUUGUCCUCAGUGUAACAGACGCUUCUCUCUGCGACACCAGCUUCAGAAACAUCUGAGGUGUCAUUCAGGGGAGAAGCCAUUCAGUUGUUUCCGCUGUGGCAAGAGAUUUGCAGAGAAGAGCUAUGUGCGACUUCACCUUCAGAGGUCCCAUUCUGUUUCCAUCAAUUAGUCACUUGAUAAAUGGUCUGCGUAAAAGUGCUUUUACACCAGUGUCGGCAGAGUCGACACUGGUACUUGACAUUUUCUUCAUAGCAGCAGUAAUGGGCAAUUUUGAAGAGCUUAAUUCAAUGUCAGCCCUUUUUAGAUUGUUACUUUUGUUUGGCCUUGAGUGGGUGGAGUUUGUACCUCCCUGUCUAAAUAUUGAAGUCCUUGAGCAUAUCAGUGGUGUAUUACUUUUCUUCAUGACUUGUGGGUGUGCUGUGGGUGACCCACUUGAAUUUUUUCUCAAAGUUGUCUGUAUUUUUUUCUUUUAUUCUGCAUAAUGUGUAUAUUUGUCGGACAAUUCUGAAUAAAUGAAAACAAAAUAACGCUAGGAGCAUACAAAAACAAAUGUGCAGGGUGCAAGCCUUGUGAACCAUGAAUGGGAUCAUGAUUUGUUUUUUUGUUUUUUUAAUAGUAUAAAUGAUAACCAAUACAAAUUGGUGGUGGUGACCCUGACACAGUGUGAUUUUGACAAUUUGGUUGUCUCAUUCCAGUUGGUGACUUGUGAAACUGACAAUAAAUUCACUCAUUCGUGA